AUGAUUAAAACGGAAGAGCACAUGGAUGUGACGGUGGGCACGAUCGGUGAUGUGAGCGAGGAUCAGGGUCUCAUCAUCGGUGGGCAUAAUGUUCCGUCGAGCGCCGGUUACCACUAUCGGCCCCUCUCGUCGAACAUCGUGAUGGCUACGCCGCACAUAAUAGAGAAUCCGGCCCUUCAAGGGCUGCAGGACGAUCGGUCGAUGAUGAAUCAUCACUACCAUCACUACCACCCGCACGGGACGCACACGAUCGCUCAUCCGGCAGCAUCCCAACAACAUCACUCGCAGCAGCACCAGCAACACCACCAGCAGCAACAUCAUCACUGGGUCCCAACACCCAACCAGCACACGCAGCACCAGCAGCAGCAUGGGAUCGAUGUGAAGGACGAAAUGGAUGAGCGCCACUCGCCGUCGAUCGCAGUUUAUCAGACCGGCGGAGAGCUGAAACCGGAAGGGGACGGAGUCAAAAUACCCUCGAUGUACUACCCGUUCGAGAAGCUAUCCUCGUACUACAUCAACCACCGAUCGCCGUACCUGAUCUCGCAGGUGAACGACGAUCCGGUGGGCAGCGAGUCCGUCCUGGUGGAUGGAACAGCCCGUGGUCCGGCAAACGGAUACCUGCUGGAAAGCUCCAUCAACACCCUGAAGCUAACGGGCACGGGCAGCGAACCGCUCGGUGGGUCGAUGAUGGGUUACGGGGUGGUGCCCGUCUCGUCGGUGGAGCUCGUCGGGGGCACGAUGCAGGAACGGGCGCGCAGUAACGGUAGCAGUGCCAGCGGCACCAUUUCCCCGACUUCCUCGUCGGCGAUCGUUACCAAUCCGUACACGCACCAGCACCAGCACCACCAGCCAUCGACGGGCGAACGGCCACUCUGUGAGGUGGGAAGUGUCGGAACGUCCGUCGGUGGGGUCCACAUAACGGUCAAUCCACUCGCAGGACAUUCGGUGUCCAAAUCGGUGUCACCGGUGACUCCGCUCGGAUCGCCCGGCUCCAGUACGACUCCGACCCCGCCGGUCAGUGCGGGGGGCAGCGUGUGUGGCAAUGUCGCCAGCUCUUCCGGUGGUGUCAUUGCCCGGAAGGGCAGUAUCAGUGCCGUCGGGAGUGCGGCUGGCGGUGGCGGAGAGCAGCAGCUCAGUAGCACUACGCCCGAGGGCCAGAAGAAGGCCCACGGGGGCCGACGGCAGGAGAAACCGCAGCUCAGCUACAUCAACAUGAUCGUGAUGGCGAUCAAGGAUUCGCCCCAUCGGCGCCGCACGCUCAGCGAGAUCUACAAGUAUCUGCAGUCGAAGUACGAGUUCUUCAACGGCGAGUACAACGGCUGGAAGAACUCGGUUCGCCACAACCUCAGCCUGAACGAGUGCUUCAAGAAGCUCCCGAAGGAGUGCGGUAAACCGGGCAAGGGCCACUACUGGACGAUCGACUCGUCGGCCGAGUACAUGUUCGAGGACGAGGGCAGCCUGCGGCGGCGACCGCGCGGUUUCCGGCGCAAGCAGCAGCUGAAGGGCUACGCCACCGGCAGCGCCUUCUACACCGCCGGCAACACCGGCUACGAGAUCGCCGAGCUGGCCGGCGGAUACAUUACGGCGGCGCAACCGUACGGCGGCUACUCGGCCGACUACGCCAACAUUCCUCCACCGAUGGGUGGCGGUGGCGGUGGAGGUGGUGGUGUAGGAGGUGGCAAUGGCAGUGCUGGAGGCGGUGGUCCGGUGGCUCCCCAGGGAUCGCUCUAUCCGGAGCCUCCAUCCUCGACGUCCUCAUCGGUCAGCUCCUGGCACUAUCCGACGGGCGACACGCUCGGGCAGUACUCGAAGAUCACGCACACGUCCCUCCACGAGACACCGGGGUCGCCGGGACACGGCGCGGGAGGCCCUCAGACGGGGGGCACAGUGCUGGAGUAUGGAAACUAUACGUUCCCCGGUGCGACCCCGGCACCAACACCCUACGGGCUCGACAGUGGACUGAAAAUGGCAUCCCUCGGGCAGAUGGCACCACCCGUUCCGACAUCGGCGACGGGAUCGACCACUCCGGUUGGCACAUCGUCGGUCGGGUCUCCGUCGCUCGCUUCGCUGGUGAUAUCGAACCCGGAAGUGGAAGGUCCUGCGGCCACACCUCCGAGCGUUCUGGUUGAAGGCGACGGGGACUGCAAAGCGGCGACCGGCGGCGGCUACAACGUCAUUGGCGGCGGACUCGUCGGCCAUUCGAUGGUCAGUGCGCCCGGUGGGAAUCAUCAGCUGCAGCAGCAUAACCACCAUACGCACCAUCAUCCUACGCAUCCACACGCACACCACCAUCAUCACCUGCACGGAAAUCACCUGAAUCUGGCCGCCCCGUACUGA